GAAUUCGAGACUCGGCGGAGGAGACGCUGUGUUGAAGACAUGUCGCGGAGACUGGAUCUCUCUCAAUUCAGGGGAGAUGAUUCGGACGACGAGGUUCCGAAAAAACAGCUUGAAUUGACUGACCUUAAACGAAAUGUAUUCACGGUUGGUAAUACGAAGAAGAGCAAAAAGGAUCUGGAGAAAGAAGCUGAAGAGAAGAAGAGGAUAGAAGAGGAGAAAGCAGCGGCACUCGCUUUGGCUGAGUUUGAGGAUGCCUUCGAGAAGCCUGGUUCGUCCUUCGGAACGAGCGGUGUGAGAGGAUUUAUAGGAGGUGUACGAGGAGGGUUCGUGAGAGCUGGAGGCGCAGGAAAUGCGACACCUUAUGAACCUCCCCGCGGACCUUCCAUGGCCCAACCUCCCUCUGGACCUUCUGGACCGCCGAAAGGGCCAGCAGCGAUGGGAUACGCACGGCCCACUCCACGAGCCAUGUUCAAAGCUCCUUCCCCGCCUCCCUCCGCCGGCCCAAAACCAAAGGGCAAACGAGCAAUGGAUAGCUUCUUGGAAGAGAUCAAAUCCAAUCAAGCUGUCCGGGAACAGCGCUUAGGGAAGAAAGCAAAGAUGGAGGGAUCUUCCGUUACGGCCCUUGCAGCUUGGGAAGGUACCAGUGGUGGUCGACCCAUAGGCGAGGCCGAGUCUACAAAUCUAUUUGUGGGCAAUCUCCCGUCAAAUGUCACAGAAGAGACCCUAGGUCUGUUCUUCGCAAAGAUUGGACCCGUCGGAACCGUCAAGAUCAUGUGGCCUCGAGGCGAUAUUGACUCAUCCAUCGGCGGAGUGGUCACCUCUUCUCGAUGGGCUAAACCAGGCCUACAGGGUUUUGUGGCGUAUAUGAAACGGAAAGACGCCGAGACUGCAGUAAAUGAACUAGACGGGUUGGACUGGGGUGGAAGCGUCAUCAGGGUUGGAUGGUCCAAGCCUGUCCCAGUACCUACUCGGGCCAUCUAUGAUCUCGGAUCCAGCAGAGGACGAUCCCCGGAACCCAGCUCAUCGCGGCACAAGGCUCGGUCACCUUCUUACUCCAUAUCUCCUUCUCCUCCGCCUCGAUCCAAACGUCGCCAAUCCCCAUCCGGUCCCAGAUCGCCGUCUCCAAGACGAAACGAGUCUCGGCACAAUCGCUCAGAGUCAUACUCCUCACGUUCUCGCUCCCGUUCGCAUUCGCGAUCGCGAUCACCUCCGCCAAAGAAACUCAGCUCGAGGGAAAAGUGGCUCAAAAAGGUACCUGUAGAGACGGAUAAGUUCAUCAGGGCUGUUGCUGCCAAAGUCAGACAUCACGGCAAAGGCUUCGAACAGGUCUUGAAGACCAAGGAGAAAGACAACGAAAAAUUCAACUUCUUCUUCAACUCUGAUCUGCCCGACUAUCACCUCUAUCGGUCUUUAUUGAGUUCAUCUUACCGGAUCCCGACUCCUCCACCGGAUGAUUUCGUGGAUGAAGGUUACGCAUCCAUGUACUCGUCUGAUUCUGCAGAGGAUUCGGAGAGAGAGAGAAUAGGCAAGACCAAAGUCGGAAAACUCGCUAGGAAGAGAUACGAGGCGAUGUUACGGAUGAUGAGUGGCAAGAGAGCGGAAAUCGGGCGUGCUAUGGAGUUUGCAGUCAAGCAUGCCGAAGCGGCCGACGAGGUCGCGGAUAUCAUUUGUCAAAGCCUGAGGAUAGACGAUACGCCAGUUCCAAGAAAAAUUGCUCGGCUUCAUCUAGUGUCUGACAUCUUGCACAAUUCAGCAUCACCUCUGCCCAAUGUCUGGAAGUAUCGUCUAGCUUUUGAACAGCGACUUCCCAAGGUCUUUGCUCAUCUCUCGGACGUGGAAAAGAGCUUGAGGGCGUACUCGGGCAUCAUCAGUGCGGAUGUGUUCAAGACACAAGUCUUGACUGUCCUUGAAAUUUGGGAUCGAUGGAUUGUCUUCACUGGCGAAGUCAGCGAGAGUCUUCGCGAACUGUUCCUCGGCGAUCGAACGUUGAAUGGGGCGGGGAAGACAGAUGAAGCGGAGCACCAGGAGCAACAAGAGAAGAAGGCUAAAGACGACAGUGAGGGGUCACGAGGGGGUUUUAAAACGUCCGGCUUUAAAUCAUCGUUUAAACCUCUGUCCGCUGUCGCAGCGCCUGCCGAGUCGACACUCGAGGACGGCGGCAACGCUACUGCCGAACAACUAGAUGGAGAGGACAUGGAGCUGGAUGGUGAGCCAAUGGAAGAGGAAGAUGUGGACGGAGAAGCAAUGGACGAGGAUCUAGACGGCGAGGCGAUGGAGGAUCUCGAUGGAGAAGCCAUGGGAGAAGACGACGUCGAUGGCGAGCCAAUGUGAUUCAUCGUGCCUCAUGCCGAUUCUUGACUACGGUACCGGAUAGUUUACUGGAUGAUACCGAUGUCAUCAUGAUGGUAUCGACUGUACUGAUACUGGAUAAGAUGCUUGUGAUGACACAAAUGAC